AUGUUAUCAACUUCUAUAAUAAAAACUCUACUAUAUCGAACACAAAUUCGUCUUGCGUCAUCAUCAUCGUCUAUUGAUAUUGCUGAUUUUAUUCGUGGAAUGUCAUCCGCAAAAAAACUUAAAAGUGAAUCAUCAACAAUUAAUAAACCUAGACAUGUUCGAAUGAAAGAACGCGGUCGUGAUCCAGGUCUAACGUCACGUAUUAAUCUUCAAGUUAUUUCGAAUGGUUAUGUUGGUACAUGUAAAUCAUUAAUAUUAAGUAAUGAUCAAACAAAUUAUUUAUUCAACUGUGGCGAAGGUACUCAACGUACUUUACAAGAAAAAAAUACAAUAUGGGAAACGAAAUUUUCUAAAACGAAACAUAUAUUUGUGACGAAAAAAUCUUGGGAUACAAUGGGUGGUUUAUUAGGUUUAUGUAUUAGUUUAAAGGAAACAUAUUUAAAUGAAAUAACAUUUCAUGCACCAUGUGAUGUGAUUGAUCUAUUAAAACAUUGGAAAGGUUUAGAAGCAUUUCCAAAUGUUACUCUUGAACAACAUGAUUAUGAUAAAGCAGAAUUUAAAGAUGAUUGUUUUAAAAUUAAUGCAAUUGCAUUACGAGCAAAUAAUUCUAUUUCAAAUACUGGAAAUGAUUUAUCUCAAAUGAAAAAAUUUCCCGAAGAUCUUGUUUAUGCUUAUCUCUGUGAAACACAUCCAUUUCCUGGUAGUCUAUCAGCGGAACUAUGUGCUUUUCAUGGUGUACCACCUUCUGAACUUCGAUCUCGAUUGAAGAAUGGUGAAGAUAUUACAUUACCUGAUGGUCGUGUAAUUCUAUCAAAAGAUGUAACUUUACCUGGUGAACCACCUGUUAAAGUUUUAAUACUUGAAUGUCCUUCAUUGAAUUAUCUUGAUUCUAUCAUUAAAAGUGAUUUAAAUUCUCAUUCGUAUCAUACAAUUGUUCAUCUUGCUCCACAUUCAAUAUUGAAUAAUGAAACAUAUCGUUCAUGGAUGAAAAGUAUAAAAACUACACAUCAUUUAUUUCUUGAUGAAACACAAAAAAAUGUUCAUAUUGAAGCAAUUUAUCGUUAUCAAACACAAUUAAAUUAUAUUGAUGAUGGAAUAUUUCCUUUACUUAGUUAUCAUAAUAGUUUAAAAGAAGAAUUAAAACUGCCAGAAUCUGUUGAUAAUAUUACUUAUGGUUUGACAAGCACUCGUAUACCAAUACGUCCAAUUCUCGGACCAGAUAAUUCCAAAUUAGUUGUUCUACAACCACAAAAUUAUAUUGAUACAUUACUUGAGAAUGAAGAAUUUAAACAAACAUUUACAGCGGCAAAACAACAAUUACAAGCUAUGCAUGAAAUUGCUAAAACAGGACACUCAUAUCCUGAGAUUAUCUUUCUUGGUACAGGUUCUGCUUGUCCAAGUAAACCACGAAAUACAAGUGGCAUAUUAAUUCAUAUAAAUGAUACAAAUCUAUUUCUUCUCGAUUGUGCAGAAGGUACAGUUGGUCAAAUUCGUCAUUUUUAUGGUGAUCAAUCUGAUGAUAUUCUAUCUCGUAUACAUUUUGCAUAUAUAUCUCAUAUGCACGCUGAUCAUCUCGGUGGUUUAUAUGGUUUAAUUCAACAACGUCGACGUGCAUUCGAAAAUCUUGGACAUAAAUAUGAAAAAUUAAUAUUACUUUGUCCUAAUAAAUAUAUUGAUGUUGGAGAAAAACAAUGGAAUUAUUUUUCGAAUAAAAAUUCAUUUGAUGAUGAUGUUCAUGUUAUUUUUAAUCGAACAUUAACAAAUGGUUUACCAUCAUUAACAAAUAUCGGAGGUGAAAAUACAAAUGAAGAAAAAUUUCUUUUUGAAAAAUUUAAAUCAAUUGGAUUACAUGGAGUGCAAACAGUACUUGUUGAACAUAUCUAUGAUGCACAUGCAUUGGUUCUUCGACAUAUUGAUGGCUGGUCAUUAGCGUUUAGUGGUGAUUGUAAACAAUCAAAUGAUUUUAUUCAAGCAGGUCAAAAUGUUGAUGUUCUUAUUCAUGAAGCAACAUUUGAAACAGGUUUGGAAGUAUAUGCAUCACAAAUGCGUCAUUGUACAAUGGCUCAAGCAAUUGAUGUUGGUCGUCGAAUGAAUGCGAAAUAUACAAUUUUAUGGCAUUUUUCACAACGUUAUGCUAAAAUUCCAUUUCUAUCUGAAAGAAAAGAUGAAGAAGAUAGUGAUAAAAAACAAACAAAACGACCGGAUAAUGUUUGUAUUUCAUUUGAUUUUAUGCGUAUUCAUUUAUCUGAUUUACCACGAGCAUGUGAACUUGUUCCAGUAUUUGAAAGUAUGUUCUAUGAUGAAUGGUUAAAUAUGAAAAAAAGACAAACAAGACGAGAACAAGAACCGGAUUAUUUUGCAAAAAAUACACGAAUGAUUGAAUCCAAACGAAAAUUUAUGAGUGGUAGAACGUCACCAUCGAAUUCAGAUAAAACACAAUCCACUACUAAAAAUAAUACUUCACCUCGUCAAUAA